AUGAGGUAUGAUAGGACUAAGGACCCGCAGGAGCACCUCACGGCAUUUGAAGCAAGAAUGAAUUUGGAAGGGGUAGGCGAUGCGGUCAGGUGCCGAGCAUUCCCGGUGACGCUGGUCGGCCCAGCGAUCCGAUGGUUCAACGCACUCCCACAAGGAUCCAUCACGACCUUUACGGACAUCUCCCAAAGCUUCCUAGCUUGGUUCACGACACGCAUAGCCAAGGCGAAACGCCCGAUCAACUUACUGGGGGUCACCCAAAAACAUGGAGAGCCGACCAGGAAGUUCUUUGACAGAUUCAAUGAUGAAUGCUUGGAAAUCGAUGGCCUCACUGACUCGGUUGCCAGUCUCUGCCUGACGAACAACUUGCUAAACAAGGACUUUAGAAAGCACCUCACCACCAAGCCUGUCUGGACCAUGCAGGAAAUACAAAGCGUGGCCAAGGAGUACAUCAACGAUGAGGAGGUAAGCCAGGUCGUAGCAGCCAAUAAAUGGCAGCCCUCGAACCCCUCAGCACGGUAG